AUGGGUCAAAGCUCAGGGACGCCACCAUGGGUCAAGACUGAGCGACGCCACCAUGGGUCAAAGCUCAGGGACGCCACCAUGGGUCAAAGCUCAGGGACGCCACCAUGGGUCAAAGCUCAGGGACGCCACCAUGGGUCAAGACUCAGGGACGCCACCAUGGGUCAAGACUCAGGAUCUCUUCACCCACGAAGGAUCCCCAGAAUGAUCUCCUCAACCCCGAAGGAUCCCCAGAAGGAUCUCCUCAACCCCGAAGGAUCCCCAAAAGGAUCUCCUCAACCCCGAAGGAUCCCCAGAAGGAUCUCCUCAACCCCGAAGGAUCCCGUCAUCUCGGAGGAAUCACUGACGAUCACUAUAGACAGUAGAAUCAUCAUGGGCGUCUGGUUGUCAGCAGCAGUAUCUGUGUCAGCAGCAGUAUCUGUGUCAGCAGCAGUAUCUGUGUCAGCAGCAGUAUCUGUGUCAGCGGCAGUAUCUGUGUCAGCGGCAGUAUCUGUGUCAGCAGCAGUAUCUGUCAGCAGCAGUAUCUGUGUCAGCGGCAGUAUCUGUGUCAGCAGCAGUAUCUGUGUCAGCAGCAGUAUCUGUGUCAGCGGCAGUAUCUGUGUCAGCGGCAGUAUCUGUGUCAGCAGCAGUAUCUGUCAGCAGCAGUAUCUGUGUCAGCGGCAGUAUCUGUGUCAGCAGCAGUAUCUGUGUCAGCAGCAGUAUCUGUCAGCAGCAGUAUCUGUGUCAGCGGCAGUAUCUGUGUCAGCAGCAGUAUCUGUGUCAGCGGCAGUAUCUGUGUCAGCAGCAGUAUCUGUGUCAGCAGCAGUAUCUGUGUCAGCAGCAGUAUCUGUGUCAGCAGCAGUAUCUGUGUCAGCAGCAGUAUCUGUGUCAACAGCAGUAUCUGUGUCAGCAGCAGUAUCUGUGUCAGCAGCAGUAUCUGUGUCAGCAGCAGUAUCUGUGUCAGCAGCAGUAUCUGUGUCAACAGCAGUAUCUGUGUCAGCAGCAGUAUCUGUGUCACCAGCAGUAUCUGUGUCACCAGCAGUAUCUGUGUCAGCGGCAGUAUCUGUGUCAGCAGCAGUAUCUGUGUCAGCUGCAGUAUCUGUGUCAGCAGCAGUAUCUGUGUCAGCGGUAGUAUCUGUGUCAACAGCAGUAUCUGUGUCAGCAGCAGUAUCUGUGUCAGCAGCAGUAUCUGUGUCAGCAGCAGUAUCUGUGUCAGCAGCAGUAUCUGUGUCAGCGGUAGUAUCUGUGUCAACAGCAGUAUCUGUGUCAGCAGCAGUAUCUGUGUCAGCAGCAGUAUCUGUGUCAGCAGCAGUAUCUGUGUCAGCAGCAGUAUCUGUGUCAGCGGCAGUAUCUGUGUCAGCAGCAGUAUCUGUGUCAGCAGCAGUAUCUGUCAGCAGCAGUAUCUGUGUCAGCGGCAUAUCUGUGUCAGCAGCAGUAUCUGUGUCAGCGGCAGCAUCUGUGUCAGCAGCAGUAUCUGUGUCAGCGGCAGUAUCUGUGUCAGCAGCAGUAUCUGUGUCAGCAGCAGUAUCUGUGUCAGCAGCAGUAUCUGUGUCAGCGGCAGUAUCUGUGUCAGCAGCAGUAUCUGUGUCAGCAGCAGUAUCUGUGUCAGCAGCAGUAUCUGUGUCAGCGGCAGUAUCUGUGUCAGCAGCAGUAUCUGUGUCAGCAGCAGUAUCUGUGUCAGCGGCAGUAUCUGUGUCAGCGGCAGUAUCUGUGUCAGCGGCAGUAUCUGUGUUAGCGGCAGUAUCUGUGUCAGCGGCAGUAUCUGUGUCAGCGGCAGUAUCUGUGUCAGCGGCAGUAUCCGUGUCAGCAGCAGUAUCUGUCAGCAGCAGUAUCUGUGUCAGCGGCAGUAUCUGUGUCAGCAGCAGUAUCUGUGUCAGCAGCAGUAUCCGUGUCAGCAGCAGUAUCUGUCAGCAGCAGUAUCUGUGUCAGCAGCAGUAUCUGUGUCAGCAGCAGUAUCCGUGUCAGCAGCAGUAUCUGUCAGCAGCAGUAUCUGUGUCAGCAGCAGUAUCUGCGUCAGCGGCAGUAUCUGUGUCAGCAGCAGUAUCUGUCAGCAGCAGUAUCUGUGUCAGCAGCAGUAUCUGUGUCAGCGGCAGUAUCUGUGUCAGCAGCAGUAUCUGUGUCAGCAGCAGCAGUGAAGACAUUGCUGGCUACAUCUUCAUGUCGAGCGAGAAAGGGCUGUUGAUGGGUAUGUCUGGCUAUACCUGUCAGUAUACCCCGACACUGAGAUUCGCGGAGGGAUACCGCGCCCACCCUGACUUCCUCCAUCAGCGCACACGUCCACACCCAACUCUCCACGCCCACAAUCAAGGCUAUACGCCCACACCCCCAAUUCCACACGUCCACACCCACACCUAG